UGCUCAUGCCCUUCUCCAGUGGUGAAGAGACAAAGAGAUAACAAUCCAAGGAGCCCCAGGAGGUGUUGCAGAACCUCAACCCAUGAUGGCAUCAGCAGGAAGCUGUGGGGAAGAGCUGAAGAGGGGGGAGAGGGGUGGUGUCUGCAGGGCAGAAGCAGACCCUUUGGCUCCAGUGGGAUUUGAGAGAUGUGAGGUAAGGACAACCUUGGCAGCACUUGCAGCAGCACCCUGGGACUGGUACAGUGUAGGGUGCUGUGUUUUAGAGAUGAUGGCUGUGGUGAGAGUGGCAUGGGGAGCUGGAGGGGCAGUGGGGUCACUCCUCUUCCUGCCAUGGUGGGGAUGUCCAUGCUGCCCACUUUUCUUUUGGGUUAGCCCAGGACUUCCAAAUUUCUAGCUGCUGACAAGUAAAAUCUUAAAUCAGUCUCAAUGGCUUUUAAAACAGAACAAAUCCCCAAAUUCACCUUCCUUCUGCCCUCUCCCAUCCCCCCAACAAACCCUCAGCCCAUGAAGUUUCCGGCACAGCUCACUUCUGCUGAGCACAGGAAAAGCAAAACAGCGGCAGCACCGUGGUGCUGGAGCUGUCUGUGGGGCUGCUGUGCCAACCAGGGGAGAAGAUGUCAGACUCGGACGGGUGCCAGGAGGGUGCAGGAGGAGUGAGCCAAGUGGGAGAUGAAUCCCCUGGGGAGUACGAGAGGCUGACAGCACAGUGGAGCGUGGAAGAUGAGGAGGAGGCGGCGAGAGAGCGGCGGCGGCGGGAGCGGGAGAAGCAGCUGCGGUCCCAGGCAGAAGAGGGCUUGAAUGGCACCGUCUCCUGCUCAGAGAGCGCAGCUCUGGCUCAGGAAAACCACUAUGACUUCAAGCCAUCUGGGACUUCAGAGCUGGAGGAAGAUGAGGGGUUCAGUGACUGGUCCCAGAAGCUUGAGCAGCGCAAGCAGAGGUCUCCAAGACAGUCAUAUGAAGAAGAGGACAGUGGUGUGAGGGAAGCUGAAGUCAAACUGGAGCAGAUCCAGCUGGAUCAGGAAUGCCUGGAGGAGAAGAUGGUUGGCAGAGAGGAAGGGAGGCUGUGCCAGGAGGAAGAAGAGGCCCAAGAGCAGGAGGAAGGGGAGCAAGCUGAGCAAGAGGAAAAGAAGAGAAGGCGAAAUGAUGGAGGGAAGGAAGAGGAAACACCAGAGAAACGCCAGAAGGCUCCAAGCCUUGCCAGUCUGGAAGAGGAGGAGCUGUGCUCUGACCACACUGCAGUGUGCUCCACAAAGAUCACGGACAGAACUGAGUCGCUGAACCGCUCAAUACAGAAAAGUAACAGCAUAAAGAGGAGUCAGCCUCCUCUCCCUGUGUCGAAGAUUGAUGACAGGCUGGAGCAGUACACACAGGCUAUUGAGACCUCCACAAAGGCUCCAAAGCCUGUCCGGCAGCCAUCUCUUGACCUUCCCACCACGAGCAUGAUGGUAGCCAGCACAAAAAGCCUCUGGGAGACUGGGGAGGUCACAGCUCAAUCUGCUGUGAAGCCCUCGGCCUGUAAGGUACAGCUCUUGGAGGACUUGCCUUGCUUGUGCCAGAGGCAGGGACUGGUCCCUGGGCACAGCAUGCAUUGUCCGUGUUUAUCCUGUUGGUACCUCUUGUUUGUGGGGCCUACAAGCUCCAAAGGCAUCAGUGUUCGAGGCCUUCCAUCAUGUCGUAAGGCUUUGCACCUUGGAGAUGCAAUUUUUUUGAUAGGGUCCCCAGUUUUUCCUUGGUGGUACAUCCAGGAAAACCUCUGUGCUGCUGGUUGAGGCUGAUUUGCAAUGGGAAUUAAAAUCAGCUGGUGGGGAGAAUGCAUAUAUCCCCUACAGUGGCUUGGGCUGCGCUCCAGUUGUCAAGCACAACGUUGCAUCUUGUACCAAGGUGAUAAAUCUUGUAAACUUGGAAAAUGCAGAGAAUAUUAUGUAUUGCUCUCAGAGAUUUCAUUUUCUGGUUGUUGUGGGUGAGGCUGGUUCUGUUACACAGUGGUUGCAAAUCUGCUCUUUAUGAGAGCAGAAUUCCUUACAGAGAGAAGCCGUGAUGUUUACAUGUCCUAAAUAGUUAGUGAACUUAAGAAAAUAAACAUAUUGGAGCUAAUUCAGACUCUUGUGGAAGAGUGAUAGGAAAACAUAGGACAUACUGGGAACAGGAAGACGUUUUCACAGUCAUGGGUUUUAGCAGCAGCUGUUAUAGGUCAGAUGAUGUGAUAUUGUAAAUAAAAAAAAGGAGGUCAGAUGUGUGGGUUGGAAGUGGAUGUGAACAAAGACACGUUCAGCAGCAUUAGCACUGAAGGGUAAUGAAAACAUAAUUUCCUCAGGAUAUCGUGGCUGGAGACAUCGUGAGUAAAAGAAGCCUUUGGGAGCAGAAGGGGAGUCCCAAACCUGAGAGCAGUAUCAAGGUGAGCUGGUGUCUGUGAGUGUGAGAGCACUUUUUCUGCUGAAAGAGAAGAGCUGUUGGCUGGGUUGGAAGUAUUGAGAGCAUGAUGUUCUGUAGGGACCAGGGCUGCCUGUAUCUGUCUAUCAGUGCGAUUGCAUGCUUAAGAGCUCUUCCUAACAGUGAAUUGCUAUUGGUUCAGCUCUAGUGAAAAUAGGGAAAAAAUAUUUUCAUAUCCAGUUAUUCUGAAAGAUCUCUUGAACAGCAUGUUGUUCUCAGCCCAGGAGCUGGGAGUUCCAGCCUUCUAGGCUCAAAUGGAACUGCAAAUUUGAGUAAUUUAGCUCUUGUUAUGCUCCUUGGCACUGAGAGUAAACAGAACGUGCAAAGCUAAGUGUAACUGAACCUAAGGCAGUAUCACUUGCAGAUGGAUCUGGGGUUUUGCGGGAAUGUUUGUGGAAAUGUCUCCUAAAAUGCAGCAAGCAGCUACUGCUCAAACUGUCUGGGCUGGGAGAGGAAGAUCAAAGUAUCUUGUUAGUUCCUGUGUUGAAAGUUCCAGUAUCUGGUAAAUCCCGGAGUUGCCUGCCAUGGAUAAAAACAACCCUGGUUUGGGGAUCUGGGCUCUUAGAUGAGCCCUCCCUCACAAUGCCUGCAUUGCAUCUUUUCCUAUUGCAUAUCCUGUUCUUGUGUUACCUUAUGCUUAUUGAAGGUGGUGAUGGAUCUGUGCAGAGUUUGUGUGAAGCAGGCAAAAAGGCAGUACAGAAUGGGCUAUCUCCAAGCCCUCUGGGAUUAAAGGCAACUGAAUCAUGUGCUCCUCUGGCUUCAGUUGCUUGGUUUUUGACUGCCUAUUUAGUGGAGUAAAAUGCUGACUUUGGCUCUUCCUUUCUCUCCUGUUCAGUCCAUUCCUUCUGGCAAAAAGUAUAAAUUUGUUGCAACAGGCCAUGGCCAGUACAAGAAGGUGUUGAUAGAUGAUGCUGCAGAGCAAUAGUAUGUCUGGAGAACUCAUUAACC